AUCCAUUUGGAGGGCCAAGGCGUGGCCAGGCGACCCGAGGAGGGGAAGGCGAGUGGGCAGCCCCCGGACGGAGUGGAUUGGCUCGGAGCGGACGAGGAGGAGGGGAGGCUGUUCUCACGGGUCCAGCCUCCUCGAAGCCGCGAUGGGGAGCCUGGACGCGCCAUCCGCAGCGCCAGGCAGGAUAAACAUCUCUCUGGGAUCAGUGGGGAGAAGUCUUUCAAGUACUUUACAUAUCAGCAGAAGAUGAAGAGAUACCACUGAAGAGGCCAGUUCCCCAUCUAGAGCAGUGAGAAGCAGGAAUCUCUAUGGCAGAAGACUCCUGAAAAUCUUUGAUGUCUUGCUAAACUUGUCCAGGACCUGUGACUGUGCUGUUCAGUUACCCUGCAAAGAUGUCUCUGUCGAACUUCACACAGCCUCAAUAUGUACCACAACUCAGCAAUUCAAGUGGCGGCCUUCAGGGCUUGUUCAAUAUGGUGCACUCUUUCCUGGGGUUGGUGCAACCCAACUCAUUCCCAGAAGGUCUCCUGACUCGUCUGAUCAAACCACCGCAUGAGUUCACUCCAGAAUUUCUAAAAGAGGUGCUUCUGUAUGAGACCGGCUUCCUGGUUUGCGCUGCCAUCGGGGUUCUGUACAUCAUCCUUGUUCCCUUAGUGGGACUCUUCUUCUGCUGCUGCCGCUGUUGUGGACGUUGUGGGGGGUAUAUGUACCAGAAGCAAACCAAACAUACUGACUGCAAGAGGCGGUCAUUAUUUGUGUCUGUGUUGGCUGUCACUAUAAUUAUUCUGGCUGGAGACAUCUGUGCAUACAUCAGCAACCAACGUAUGUCCCAGACUGUAGGCAAAGGCGUGGGCAAUUUGAACAGUACAGUGGACAACCUGCAUCGCUACCUGAAUUCUAUUCCUCAGGAGGUUGAUGAAAUUAUUGAUGUUAGCUCAGUGCCAUUGAAUCAAACAAAUGCCAGCUUGCUGAACAUUGGGAUCACUCUAGGGAAGAAGAUUCAGACUCAGCUUGGAGGAAAGGCAAAUAAAGCACUGGAUACAGCCGACAAUCUUCUCAGAGUGAUUGCCACAGUGGAACAGGAACUCAAGAAGGUCAACGACUCAAGCAGUCGCUUGCAGAUGUUGCAGAAAGAGCUGGACCAGAACCUGACCAUUUUGAGGGAUGAUAUCAACAGAACUUUGGAUAGUUGUGGCCAUCCUUGCCAGAAUGUCUCUGUGAAAGACCUAAGGCCUGGGGGAAAUCUGACCGGGUUUCCUGACAUCAGUGUCCCGAUGGAACUAAUAACCAAUCUGACACGCUUAGAUCCCGGUGCCACGCUUACAGAGGCGCGAAAAACUCUUGAGAAUAUUCCAGAAAAAGUCUCUAACGAAACAAAAUCAGUAGUGUCUGAUGCAGAAAAUGUGUUGCGCAACAUUAAAGAUCAGAUUCAUCAAAUGCGUGCUAACUUUUCCAUAUUGAACUUUGUGGAGAAUGUUUCUGACACGAUAAAUGAGAUCAUUGGGUUGGCGAGAACCUAUGAGCCUGAGGCUGCCACCUACGAUCGCUACAGGUGGAUUGUUUGUGUCAUCCUCUGUUGCUUGGUGCUUCUGAUAAUUGUACUCAAUGUGUUGGGUUUGUUGUUUGGAGCUCUUGGACUAGACCCACAGGAGAUGCCUAUUCAACGGAGCUGCCCCUCCAACUCUGGCGGACUUCUUCUUAUGGCGAGUGCUGGGUUCAGCUUCAUAUUUUCAUGGCUGCUGAUGCUGCUAGUUCUAGUGACAUUUUUAAUAGGAGGAAAUACAUAUGAACUGGUAUGCCGGCCCUGGGCCAGUGGUCGUCUGCUUGAGUUCCUUGAAACACCAGGCUUGAUCCCUGACUUCAAUGUGUCACAACUUAUGGACAAUUCAGAUGUGACCCUCUCCAGCAUGUACAAUAGCUGCAAAAACAAUGACUCUUUGUGGAGCACUCUUCACCUGAAUAAAACAAUAUCUCUGGAUGAGAUGUUCAACAUCAGCAAGUACACAGAUGAUAUUGAUUCUACUUUGAACAAAAUAAAUGUCAGUGUGGACUCUACUAAUCUCUUGAAUGAUGACCAGAAGCGUCUCAUGCAGGAUCUAAGCAAAAAGGAUGGGCCGCUGAAGAUGAACUUUUCCGAUGCUUUGGAACAAAUCAAUCAGAGCAAGAUAAAUCAAGACCUGUCUGCAUUGGCUGCUAAACUAGACAAUCUAGCAACACAGUUGGGAAGUAGGCAUCCAAACAUUAGUGCAAAGCUGCAAAAUCAUGCUGCUGAGGUGAGAAAUGUCCAGACUUCAGUGAAUGACAAAUUUCCUCCUGAGAUUCAAAACCUGAAUAACAGUAUCCGCAUCUUGGAGAAAUCUGUGUCUGAGAUUCCGGGCUUGGUGAAUUCUACAUUGUCAGAAGUAGAAGUGGCUCAAGAAUUUAUGAAGCAGAAGACAGGAGAAAUUAUCAAGAAUGAAACCUUGACAUUUGUGAAUUCUAUACUGGGUUUCUUUCAGUCAUACAUGGAUUGGGCCAAGAGCAAGAUAGAAGAUGAAGUAGGUCGCUGUGGCCCUGUAGCCUGGGCAAUCAACAGUAUAGAUACUAUUUUCUGUGGCUACAUUGUUGAUUCAUGGAAUGGAUUCUGGUUCAGUCUUGGUUGGUGCACCAUAUUUCUCCUGCCAAGCAUCAUCUUGGCUGUGAAGCUUGCCAGGUUUUACCGCAGGAUGAGCAUGGAUGAUAUCUAUGUGGAUGAAGCUAUGGAACUAUCAAGGCAAAGGAUGUUCAAAAUGCCUCGGGCAGAACUAAAGAAGUAGCACCUCUUUUUCUACUUAUCCAUGCCUGAAAAGCACUGAGUAUGACUAUACGAAUGUCUACAGGAUCCCCAGACUUCCCUCGCAUUUCUCUCCAAGAGCAGCAAAUUCUCUCUGGCUCAGAAUGAAAUGGUGGCAGGAGCCUUCGUCCUGUCCAAGAGACAAGCAGGGAGAACUGCAUUGACUCGCAAGUCCUGUCACGGAAAGGUGUCGACGUAUUCCCACUUGUACUAUCACACACCUCUUGUCUUAGUUAAUGUAGAGACAAACUUUGCAGUCUCUUCAUUAUGCCCUUUCUGAAAAGCCAUACUCUUUUGUGACUGUGGCUUGUUGUGGGAUUCCUCUUUGCACACUGUAGCCUUUAUCUGUUCCUAGACUCAGGACAAUUAUGUACUUCUACAGUUCCAGGUUGGCUGGCUGAUUCUGGUUGCAUACUGAACAUGAGCGUUAGUUACAGCAUGUUUUGGUACAAUCACUGUAUUGACGAGAAUUGAUAUAAUUUUCUUCCUUUUUUUCUUUUACACAUAAAGGAGUAUUGUGUUGAGGAGUGCUUAAAUAAUAGUAAUGAAUCUAGGAUUUAGUUUAGCAGUGUCAGACUGAAUGACACAGGCCUGGGUAACUUCUUACUGUCAAUUAUGGGCAUUGGAUACCACGCAACCCAACAGUUCCCCCUUAAAUGCAGGAAAGACACACUUCAGUCUUAAGUGGCCUUAGACUCCAGUCUAAGACUUAGUCACUAGGUCAAGUAGCAAGAUUUCAUGCUCUCCAUGCCUUAUAAGAUGCAAUUAGUCUAUGUUACAUAAAGUUGUUCAUAAAACGUACAUAGUGCCUUACAAGAGUCAAUCACGGUUCAUGUAGCCCUGCAUCUUUUGCAAAUAAUUCCAGAAGAUAGCAUAUAUUAGGCUCCCAGCCUUUUAUCUGUUUCUGUUACAGAAAUAACUGGAAAGAGAAGCAUGUAUGAGCCAGAGCUUAAAACUACUGUCCAGUUCUAAGGGUCUGUGUCCAGAAAGCAUAUGUUGCCUUAAGCUAUUUCUCAAGCACCUUUUCACAUUUCAUUUUGUGCCUCUGCGCUUGUCCAGUGUUCCGGAGCCUUGUGUGCUUCUCUGUCUUAACUCUUUUUUUCCUCAGAGUUUGGCUUUGUUUUGUUUUUAAAAAUAAUGUUGAAUUUCUGUAAAAAUGCUUUGUGCCAAAAAUGUACUCCUCUUUAUGGAUGUCAGUGAAAACAAAUGGAAAUUUAAAAGAAAUUAGCGGUGGAAAUUAACAGGGUAUGUAGUUUAAUAAUGCAAAACAGAAGAGGCUCCAAUGAGAUGGGCAUGACAGUAGCCCAGAAAAGGAGCAGCAUGAGAUUUCCAUUAGUUCUAGAUGAAUAGUAGAAAACAUUAUGCCUCCAAUGAGUUACAAGCUUUUAGCAAAAGCUGGAAAGAAUCAGAAAGAAUAAGUGCCAAGUUCUGAGAUGUUUAGAUCUCCCCUUUGUGCUGCAGCGCCUUUUGUAAUAACUAGUAAAUUGAACACCAUCAUAAAGAUGAUGAUAUAAGAUACUUUCAGAAUUAUUUUUAUAUAAAAAUUAUUGGAGAUUAGGAGGUAAUAUGAUUUUUUUUAAUUGCCUUUGCUAUUACAGUGAUGUAAUGUAUUUUCAUGGGUGAGAAAAAUGCUCUUAUAUGUCCUUUUCUUAUUUCUAAUAAACUUCAAAUCUGAUUUCUAA